CGGUUAGAAUGACAUGUACCCCAUUUUGGGUGGCAUCUAGGACUUCAUGAUGCGACAUUUCACCAGUUAGGUACAAAUCGGCGUUAAGCCCCCUUAAAACUGAAGCCCCUGAGCCGGCACACAGCCCCACAGUUUCAAUUUUCGAAUCUGGAAAUUAUUUCAUAAAAAAAACAACAAAGUGGGCGUGGCGUGGCGUAACUUACACAAAGUCUUGUUUCUAGCCAAUGCCAGUCUGAGAUUCCUCACUCCGACAUGUUUUUUGACAUUUGUGACGGCAUUUUCUAGUGUAAUGGGCGUGGCUAGUGUAAGAAUACGCCCUGCCCCUUGUCUCGGGUUUUCCAACGGUUUGAUUGGUUCAAUCGAUUUGUAAUCGAAAGCUGAGGCGAGCCAAUCGUUAACGCCCCCUUCGAUGCAAUCCCACGUGGUAUGGGGCGAAAAAACCGCAAUUUCGUGUUUUAUACACUGAAUUACGAUUCGUUCUUUCCAAGUCCUGUGACAAAACGAUUAGUUUUGAUUGGUUGAAAUUUGAAACGUACUUAUCGGAGACUGUUUUAAGGCCUUGGAAUAUAUUAGGGUGGUAUGAGAUAAUGAGCCCUGCUUGGAAAUUUUUAGCUUCAUUGACCACAUCCUCGGUGAGGUCAUUUGUUAAUAGAAUUGUUUUGACAUGUUUGUCGGUCAUUGGGUCGACGAGGAGGCCCACAUUGUCCCAAUUUUCGGCAAGAUUUAAGGGGGCAAACGACUGGAGAGUCUUGACGAUGUCUUUGACCGACAUUUGGGGCCCUGUAGUGUAAUUUUUAAUCCGGUUUAGACCCACGAGACGUCUUAUUAACAUCUGCGAAAUAAAAAACAAAUUGUGAAACAUUUAAUUUUAUUCAGGGAUAAAUUUCCACAAUUUAAUUUCCCCAUCGUCGCUACAAGACACUAAAAUGUCACUUAGGAUGGGGUUCCAUGCCACGCAAUUGACGUCUUGGGUGUGGGCCCGCUGUAUGCACGUCACUUGACUGAAAGUGGGGGCCCCUGGGGUGCACCCUUGAUCCUCUUUAAAAAUUCUGAUAGCGUCGUCACCGCAAGCCGUGGCGAUUAAGUCACUUGUGGGGUUCCAGGACACGUCAUAAAUGGUUCUAUUGUGGUACCCUGAUAUUGUACACACACAUUUCCACGUUUCGUCAUCGGUGAUAACCCCCUCAGUGUUUCCGGGUUUGAACUGUUGCCAGAUUUUCAAAGUGGCGUCGUCGCUACACGAGACAAGUCUUGUCCCCGUGGGGCCCCAACUGAGACUCCAAACGGUCGAUUCGUGUCCUUGCAACGUCGCAAAACAGACCCAAUCGUUGUCUGAUUGGUCCUCUUUGAAUAGUUUCACUGUGUUGUCGUAGGAGGCCGAGGCGAGGAUGUCUUCCUGUGGGUGCCACACGACCUGUAAUAACCCCCAUUGUAACAUUGUAAUAAAAAUAGCCCCCUUGUACUACCUUCUUCACGUCUUGGGUGUGUGCACUCAACACGGCCGCACAGUCGUACUCGUCCUCGUCGGCGAUCUCCCAAAUCCACACUGACUUGUCUCGACUGCAAGUGGCCAAAAAGCGCCCCGAUUUCGACCAAGACACGCUCUUAACCUCGUUUUCGUGCCCCUCGAGUGUGGCAUUGCACUCGAAUUCGCCCGAUUUCUUAUCCCAGAUGCAGGUGGUGGUGUCGAAGGAGGCCGAAGCGAGGUAGUUGCCACAGGGGGACCAUGCAACCUCCCGAAUUGUGCGUGUGUGGCCAUCAGUGAGAAUCACCUUGUUUGACCAUUUCGAGUCGGAGUCUUUCAACCAAAUCCGGAUAGUCUUGUCUUCGCCACACGACGCGAAAGUCUGGCCUUUGGGGUGCCAACUGACGUCCCAUACGCGUCCCGUGUGCUUUGAUAAAGUCUGAAGGGGCUCCAGUUUUGACAUUUGAGGUUAGGGUCAGCGAGCGACAAAAAUGGGGGUUAAAUUGGGGUUUUGUAAAGGGAAAAGGGGCCAGAAAUGCGUCUGAAAGGCUUACCAAUGAGUAGUUUGCGAUAAAAAGUGAGGAAAAGCGUUAUUUGCGACUUAACUUGUUUGGGUUGGUACGACUGUUGAAGCAAGGUAGCCAACCUGUAUCACUCCUGUCGUUUUAUUUAAUAUAAAACUUGUUUUUUGUGAUUUUUUAAUAAUGACAAAGUUGGGUAAAUCCCAAACCGCUGUUAGUUCUUGCACGUUUUAUUAUUUGUCUAUUAAAUUAAUAUUUCUUCUUGUUUAGAAUCAAACUUGCGACGUUGCCACAUUAUACAUUUACAUUUUUGGGUUUUGAGUGCCACAAGACGGACAAGUGGGACCCCCUUUUAGUCCCUACUUAAUUAAAUUGCAAAUUUUAAAUAAGUAAUUUGUGUUAAAAACAAGAAAACACAUAAUUUGUUUUAAUUUCUUUGGGUUGGUGCGACGUAGCCAAUUUGUGUCGUAAAAAUAAAAAAAAACAUGUUUUUGUGAUUAUUUACUGUUAGGGAAAACCCGAACUGAUCUUAAUUUAUGUAUGUUCAUUAUUUGUCUAUGAAAUUAAUAUUUUUCUUGUUUUUUUUUUUUUUCAAAUUAAACUUGCAACGUUGCCACAUUGUAUUCAUAUUUUUGGGUGUAGAGUAUCACGGGACGGAUGUAUGGGGCCCCCGAUCUGUUUAUUUCAUUUUCUAAGGCCUCAUCUCACUUCAAUGGAAUUUUUUAAUUUUUAAAAUUGGUGUUUUUGUCAAGUGUCAGUGUUGCCAACCACCCCCCAUUUGACGUUUACAUUUUUUGUGUCGUGUUUCACAAUCCUACUUUGUUUACCAAAACAAUUCAAUUUUUGCCCCCCUUGGGACACGUAAUUCGCCCCCGGGCCCCCAAACCCCUCAUUACGAUGAACAAUGUUACAGUUUUGGAAAAAAUCAAAAGCCGACAAUGACAGGAGUAUAGCCCCCCCGGUGCCGCCACGGCCGCCCCCGCGAGCGCCCCCUUUGAACCUCUCCGGCCUUGUGGACAUUGAUGAGUUUGAGGCGACGAGAUCACGACUGUGUCGCACCUUGGACGAGGUCUUGGCCGAUAAGGGGGCUUUGGGGCACUUCACCCAGUACAUGGAGUCGCGAAAUGCCUCCAAAUACGUCACUUGUUGGUCCGAAAUCGAGUCUUUCAAGUGCGAAAUCGCGAGUGAAUCUAGUCCCGUGGAGGGCGCAGUCUCAAUCUUCAAGAAAUACAUCGCACAGGAGGCCCCCCACAACGUCAAAUGCCCCGAUUUAAUCCGCAACGAACUGGUGGAAAACAUCUGCGAUUUGGAGAAAAUCGCCGAUUGUUUAGCCCCCGUGCAAAAUUUCGUCCUCGAAGUGAUGGAAAAGGAGUACUUUGGGGCGUUCCUCGCCAGUGAUUACUUCUGCAAGUACCAAAUCGAUGUCUUGACCAGUGGACAAGUGGCCCUCGAAGACAUCCUCUACAACGAAACGGCGCUUUUCUACUUCAUGGAGUUCCUCGAACAGGAGAAUUCUUGCAGUUUAUUGGAGUUUUGGAUCGCUGCAACCAACUUGCAGCAACAUUUGACCACCCAAAAGGAGUUUUUCGACCCGGUGGAGGCCCAAAACGACGCAGUCGUCCUCUACGACAAGUAUUUCUCGCUGCAGGCCCAUUGCCCCCUGGGGUUCGGGGACAGAGUCCGGUUCGAAAUCGAGCAGAAUAUUUGUGGGGAAAAUGGGCUUGUUUUGGACUGUUUCAAGCUACCCUUGAAAAUUGUUGAACAAGUCUUGGAGAAAAACUACCUGAAGCCCUUUUUGGGGUCCCAAUUGUUUUGCAAGUACUUAUCAGAGUUGAUAAAUACCGUGCAAUCGAACGACUAUUUCAAUAUUGAGAAUAAUCGGACUUUGUCGUCGGAUUGUAGCAGCGAGAGGAGUUUUAGUACAAAUAGCGCGUUUCUAGCACUUGAAAUGAAUUUUAAUAAUAAAAAGAAGGAUAAAAACGCGGAUAUGAGUAUUGAUACGAGGCUGUUGUGCGAUCCUGAUUCCCUCUGGAAGAGGAGAAGGACGCAUAGAUUGUCGUGUGGAAGAAUCACAGCUUUGGGGAAAUUUGAAACUGAUUUGGAGCCUGAACCUGAUAAAAAAAGUUUCAAGUUUCGGAAUGUUGUUAAGAAGUUUGUGAGUUUGGAUGAGGAUAAGAAGAAGGAGGAAAUGGCGUGGCAAGUGGCCGAAAUGAUUGUCAAAGAUAUUACGAAUGUUACUCUAAAUCAGGAAAAACCGAGAUCGUCAUUGUGAUAAUAAUAUCAGAGCUCAAAGUAUUCGAGUAGAGAGUGAUUUCCACUUUUUUCAAAGGCUGUGUUUCCCCCCCGUGCGUUUAUGUUGGUAGCACUGCGAUGGUCUGUAGGUUAGUCAUUAGCUUGGAUUUUAUUAUUUUUGUAUGAAUGCAUUUGUUGUAAAUACUUCUUUAGUGUAUAAACAUAUUUAUAUAUUAAAAUAUUUUAACAAG